UUUUUGACACAGUGUACAAAACAUUCGCUGUCAAAAAGAUAGUUUUGCUUUCGAAAACCUCAAAUAACUCUAAUUAACAUUAAAGAAACACAAUUAAUCCGCAAUCUUUUCGUCCGCCGAUGUCUUAACCGUAACGCUCCACAAGAACAAAGAGCGGAUUUACGAUGGACGAGAUAUUCGGGAAAAUCAACGUCCUUCCGGAACUGAUUGACAAGUUGAGGCAGGAAAGAUUGUUGGUGACGGAAGAGAAAAGGGCGAUCCAAAAUUUAAAUGAACGGAUUAAUGAGUGUAUUAAUAGUCUGGCGCAACGCGCGUGGGUUAAUUCGCAACAAAGAGUUAAUUUAAAUUCCUCAAAUCGUGGUGAUUUUACGAUGGAACAGUGUUAUAGGAGAAGUAAAUAUGUAAAUAGUACUAAUUUUGUACAGGCUAAGCAAAUAAUCGAUCAGCAAAUUAUUCUUCAAUAUGGGGAAUUUUUCAAGUUAUUAAAAAACCAACCCGAACAGUUAGCUCAUUGGAUUGUUAUGGGCGAAAAAUUGUUAUCGGGGGGACAAGAAACGAAUCACUUUGAAGUUUUACACAGUGUUAUUACCGGUCUUUAUGGGUGUUUAUUACUACCAGAAGAUGUAAACUUAACGUUGAUCCUUUUAAAACAGUUAGCGUAUUUACAACUUGUUUCUUGUGAUAAUCCGAGGCGAUUAUUAAGACAAGGUUCUUGUUCGUUUGCGAAAAUGUAUUAUCUAUUUCAUGAAAAUUUACAUUCUGCAAGAUUAUUUUUAUUGUCAACUCUUCAAAGUUCGAUUAUUAAGUUAAUUGCAAACUCUGAUUAUUAUUUGGAUAUUGAUCCUGAUAAAACGAUGGCUAGAUUCACAACCGGCGAGGCUUUAGAGAAAUUUGGAACAAUCGGCAGUAAAGAAUAUGAAAAAAAGGUUUCUGAGUACCGUACAAGAAUCGUUAACACCUUCCUCGAAUUAACAAACUCUUUCGUUUUAUCUCUACAAGAUAAUUUACAAUGUUUCCCAACUUCAAUUGGUUGGUUAAUUUGGCAAAUUGGGAAAAUGAUGUCGAAAUCUUUCGGGGAAAACUCAAAAGAAGUGAAUGCGAUCGCAACGGACUUAAUUUUUACAUCAUUUAUUUGUCCUGCAAUAGUUAACCCGGAAUAUUAUGGAAUAUCAGAUGCUCCAAUAUCAGAAAUCGCUCGCCACAAUUUAAUUCAAAUCGCACAAAUAUUACAAACUUUAGCACUUUAUCGAUACGAAGUACCAGACCGGAAAUUACACGACCUUUAUGGAUUAUUAUUUACUGAUAAUAAUUCGACGAUUGUUGCUGAUAUUGUUGAUAGUUUAUUGCAUCAGCGUUGUUCGAUGGAGGAUAAUCCACCCCCAUUUCAAAGUAUCCCCGGGGUUAAUAAACCGUUUGUUUUGUUUACAGAACAGGAAUUAUUUAAUUUGACGUCGUUUCUACAAAAAGUUCAUACUGAUAACUCAUCGCAACCAACGUUAAAUAAUGGAUUAAGUUACGAUCGUGAUGCAACCUCUUUAGAUCAUUUAAUAGCGUUACUUUUGAAUUUAUCUGAAUCUCUAGGACAUAUUUUGCAUCAAUCGUUUCGAUCAAUUCCGAAUAGUCCUAAUGGAAUUUCAAAAAGAAACAUUUUAAAUCGAGCAAAAUCUCUACGUUCGCCUUCAAACCCAACUGAAUUUACCUCACCCUUAGUCUUAAUAAUUCCAAUAAAUUACGAAGAAACUUACCCAUUCGGUCUCCUUUCGGAACAAAAAGUUCUUAACAUGCAUACGUGUUUAGGGAAAGAUGUUCCGACAUUACCUAAUGGUGAUUUAACUACCGGCCAAGAAAAACGAACCCGUUUCUCAAUUUCUCAUGAUGAUGGAUCAAUCGGGAACACUUCCGAUAACUUGGAAGCGAUUUCUGAAGCUGCAAGUAAUCAUUCGGCUGAUAGCAGUUUAGAAAUAAUGGAAAAUGAGGAGGAUCAUAACGAUCAAGAUAAUUUAAGCGAUAUGGUUUCGGCGAAUGUUUCCGGUCGUGGAUCUCCGAAUAUUUCUGGUAGAGAUACCCCCAGUUCUCAGGUGACUGAAAACGAGGAUGCGGUGAGGCAACCAGCGGGGGAAGUUCGGCAUCAAGAAGGGUUUAUGGAACGUCCGAGUAGGAAUAGGAUUACGGUUAAACAGAUUCGAUCGGAAAUCGAUGACAAAUUUUGUAAAUUUGAAAUUAAAAAAUUACUUGAGGGGGAUGAAACAGUUUCUAUUAUUUCCGAUACAUGGAGUACGGAUGUUUUAGCUUCGGAUAGUGAGACAUUAGAUGCUUCUGAUAAUCAAAAUCAUGUUAAUUUUUCACCAAUUAUCGAGAGGCAACAAGAUAAUUUAGGUAAUAACCCAUUAUUGGAUAUUUCCGAGACUCAUAGUGAAAGUGCGUGGAGUACGGAUGUUUUAGCGUCAGAUACGGAACGUUUAGCGGAAGUUGAUAAUGACGAUGUGGCUAGUGUUGCCCCAUCUGAUGAUACAGCAAGCGUUGCGCGAUCAGACGACGUCGCUGCUUCCGGAGCCGAUUUUGAAGAAAACGCAAAUGGUAUAAUAAACGAUCGAAGGUCAUCCGCUCCAGGUUCCGCCACUAAUUACGAUGAAUUCCACGAUUUAAUUGGGAAACAAGAAAAUAACAGCCCUGGAGGAGGCGGGUAUCCAAUUAAAACUGGUACGAUCGAAUACAACAACAACGAUGUUUUAUUUUCAACCGGGCGCGAUGUUUUGGAUUCAAGCAUCAUGAAAAUUAAUGAUCUACAAAAUGCUUUAUUAACAAAACGGAUCAAUAAAAGUACAUCGGAGGAAUCGAUGUCCUCAGGGGGGGCUAUUCCAAAAACGAUUCGAAAAAAAUACGACGAUGAUAUGCAGUUGAGUAAUUCUAGUUUAAAUUCAAGUUCGAGUGGAGGAAGUAGUAGCUCAGAAAAUAAUCGGGCCAAAAAACCCGAGCAACCCCCACCACCAUGGAAAACAAAAAUUUGGCAACAAAAUAACGGAUCAGAAACUCCAUCAUCGAACGUAACAUCAACACCAUCAGAAAGCACGAGUGAGUUAUCAUCGGUGAUGAGUACAAGUACUUUAGUAUCCCCAACAAUCGGAAACAUUUUUCUUGAUCGUAAAUCAGCUACUUUAAACCCAAAAAUUCUAAAACCAACUGUUUCAACAGGAGCGAUUCCGAAGAGCAUCAGCUUCGACACAACCGCAGAUAAAAAUUAUAAAGAAGCCAUUGAAGAUGAACAAAAAAAACGCGGUGGUGGAAGUGGAUUUUUCGGCAAAUUCAAAAUGGGAUUUAGAUCCCGGCGGGGAUUAAAAGCUUAUCGUUCCGAUGAAUUCGGCGUAAGAUUCGGUAACGGCGAUGGUAAUCAUCAUCAUCAUCGCGAGGAUGAUAAUAACCGAACCGGAUUUGUUUAUUACCCGAAAAAAGAUGCGAGCGGUGGUGAUACGUCCGAAGAUAUUUUAGCCAAAUAUCGCAGCAAAUCGAACAACGAAAUCAAUAAUCAUAAUAACGUCGCUAUAAAAACGAAACCGAUUGAAAUUGUUAAUGAUCGCGAUUUAAAAAUCGAUUAUAACAUGAACAACGAUUUUAUGCACACGGAUUGUAAAAGAAAAUUGAGAUUAGUUUUGAGUACGUCACAAGAACAACAUUAUUCAGUUUUUCAGGAAAACUCAAAUGGAGAUGUUAAAAGGUAUUUACAAGUAUUUUUACGGUUAGAACUAGCAAAAGCAAAGAGUUUAAAGCAAUGGUCCGUGGUUGCAAGAACAGCGGAAGCUUUACGUUGCGUUCAAACCCUCGAUUCAGUCGCUUGUUGCAAAUUAUUUGAAGUAUUACGCGAAGAAUAUCGCCAACGCUCCGUUUAUAUCGAUUAUUUACAAAAAUCUAAGCAGUUAUUAUUAGGAACCGAAGCGUAUUUACUUGUGUUACAACAAGAACUACAAAGCGAUAAAGAUUUGUGCGAAUCAAAUUUAAUCGAAACGUGCGUAAAACUAUUCCUUGAAAAACAAGAGUGCGAAAUUCGAACUUUUUGCGAGGAAUUUCGCACUUUAACAUUAGUCGAUGAAAAAAAUGACCUGUUAACGAGUUUUCUCGAGGAAUUAUAUGCGAUUUUACGCAAGGAUUUGCUAUUUCAAGACUCAACUAGUGCUCAAAUCGAAUUAGCAUUCGAAGCAAUUGAAGAAUGUGUCAUCACUAAAGUGUAUUCGCAUGCUUUGUACCCCAAUGGAGAUGGCGAUCGUCAUAGAGAUGAGCUACUUCAAGAUCACCUUAAAAAGCUUUCGACAAUAAUCACACCGAAUCAUAAAGAUGUUUUAAUCAACAAAAUUUAUUUAAACGAAUGUCCAUGGUUGCCGGCUCAAGAAGCGCUUCAAACUAUGGCUGCUUAUAAAACACCUAAAGAUAAAGUUGAUUGUGUUGUACGAUGUGCAACAGCGAUUAUGGAUUUGUUAUCGUUGGCUCAAGAACGGGGAUCAACUGCGGCUGAUGAUUUUACCCCUGUUUUAGUUUACGUGAUUAUAAUGGUUAAUCCGCGUGAUCUUUUAUCAACGAUUCAAUACGUAAACAGUUUUUAUGGUAAUCAAAUAACGGGUGAGGAUGAAUAUUGGUGGACUCAAUUUUGCUCAGCUGUGGAACAUACGAAAACUAUGGACUAUUCCUACUGACAGGAAAUAAAGAGCGGUGUGCACGCCGCGCGAAUUUGUUCGAAAUGUUGCGAUUAUUUUGGAGCGUAUUGGUAGAGAGAGCUUUUUUAAUUUUUAUGUUUAAAUUAAUUAAAAUUAAAUAAGUCAUUUGUUAGUCAAAAAGGCAAAUACUUUCUGUUUCUACUUGUAAACUAGUUUUCUUGUUUCUUUUUAUAUUUAGUAGUUAUUUUUGUAUUAAUAAUCUUCGUUUAUAAUUUAAAAUUUUUUAAUUACCCCAUCUCCCCAUACAUAACCUAUCUUUCUCUUUGUAAAUAGUAAUUAUGCAUAAUAUAUAUUUGUUUAUUUAUAAUGAUAAGAACUUGUUAAUAAAGAAAACAUAUAGCUAUCCCUUUAUUUAUACACCGCGUAGUUGUUUAAAAUAAAUAAAUAAUUAAAGAAA